UACUAUUGCUCUAAGUUGAGUAACUACAUUUUACUUCUGCCUGACAAAAAUAAGCUGAAGUAAUACUGCUCUUAGUUGUGUACAAUUUCUUUUUCUCCUAAAUGGUUCACCAGACAAAGACAACCAGCAAGAUUUCAAAUGAACAACUUCUUUAGUUUAGCUUGUGUGAUUCUACAAUGCAAAUGUAUUAAAAGGAGUCCUGCCUUUUGAUCAGAUACGUCUGUUUAAAUGUAAUCAAGCCACUUCUCAUUUUCUUACAGCUGAAUGAUAGACGCACAGAGCAGCUCAGAGAGACAGUGAGCUGCUGUCGACGGAGGAGCGUCUAAAGCCUUUCUGUUAUUUCAGUUCAAGGCAACAUAGAGCUAAUUGUUUCACGAUGUGUUCUUUCUGCAGCACCAAAUGUUGGUUCGUUUUCUUCAACGGCAUCUUCUUGGCAUCUGGGGUCGCCCUCAUCACGAUCGGAGCGCUCCAGUACUCGACCUACUUGCAGAUCGGCACUUUUGCAGGGAGCAGCUUGUCCAAAAUCGCCGUCGUCCUCAUUGCCGUGGGCACCAUCAUCACCCUUGUGUCCCUUUUGGGACAUUGUGGGGCAUUCCUGAAUAAUUCUUCCAUGGUGUCUUGUUUCAUCUGCAUCCUGAUAAUCAUCGUCCUUUUGGAGAUAUUUACAGGAGCUGCUUUUUAUAUAUUUCGCAGCAGGACUGCCCUUCUGCAGAUGAACAGCGGGAUCAACACCCAAGUUCGGACCGCGGUCUACGAAUACAGCCCAAAGGACAGACACGCCAUCAACAGGAUUCAGGAAAAGUUCAGAUGCUGCGGCGCCGACACUUACACCGACUGGUCCAGAAGUGUGGGCUGGGGAAACCAUGAAGCCGUGCCAGAUUCCUGCUGCCCGGAGAAGAGAGAAGGCUGUGGACAUGACAAGGAAAAAGCUCACAGAAAGGGAUGUAUCUCAGCUAUAAAGCUCUUUCUGUUGAAGAAUCUGGUGUGGGUCGGCGGUGUUUGCAUUGCUCUUGGAAUCACAGAGGUGUUUGGCGUGGUAGUCGGAGUGUGCCUCUGCCUGGACAUUAAACGCAAAAAUUAUGAGAAUGUCGACUAAUUCAUCAUCACAACCAUCUUUACAUGUCAACAAACAAACUAACAAACUUGUUUGAUCAUAAUAUACAUUUUUGUUUUAUGUGAUUAUAUGCUCAAAAACAUUCUCCUUACUUAAACCUCUAGGUUUAAGCUCAAUAAAGAGCCUAAAAAAAAUUUCGAUCCAUAUUCUAUGUUAAUUUUAAACUGUUUACCUGUUAGUUCUUUCUAAGAACAGAGCUCAAAUCAAUAGGUUGUACAGGUUAAAGGUUAUUGGCUCUUUGAAUUAAUCCAUUCAUAUGAUGAAUUAGCCUACUUAGCAAAACAAAGUCAGAGAUGAUGGGAGAUGUCCGAGUUA